AUGGACGCCACCCCUCACUUAAACUCGAAUAAUGUAACCGUCGAGUAUACCGACCCAUUUGGCCUCUUCACUCAAGUCAAGCCACUGCUAUCCCAAGUCCUCCCUCUCCGAAACCUACACUGGAAAUCUUCGACUCGGCCUGUUCGCUCGAUUGACUCCCUGCAAAUCGAUUUCAAACCCGCGCACACAGCAGCAGAUGAUCAGAAGCGACUCAGCGAUGGCGCAACCGGAGCUGUGUCGCAGAGACGACACCAGAUACCCGGGCUAUUGCAGACGCCAUAUUUGAAGAUAUAUUUAUUACGAUGUGAUGAUAAUGAGACGUAUAAAACGACCUCUAGAAAGACGUUACGUGAAUGGGUAAAAACCAGGGUAUCCGCUGCCCCGACUGGGCCUGAUAACCAUGAUGCGUUUGAAUGGUUGAUUCUUCACGUCAUACCCUCGACGGCACCUAGUCCCGAAGUGACAGAGAAGGCAGCACCAUCAAAAUGGCCAGGGAGAGGCUCGACUUCGGUUCUUGAGAAAGUAAAGGCUGAUUUCAACGGAUCGUCAAAGACUGCAGUUGACCGGGUUGCUCAGCUGAGAAUCCCAAAGGCAGAUGCGGAUAAGAAACAGCCUGAACUAGCGGCGCAAUUAGAUGACCUAGUUGCGAAGCUGAAAUAUUUCAUCCUCACGUCCUUUGGUUUACGCGUGAGUCAAUAUGAAGCUGAUAUCCGAGAGAAAGACUCACAGAGGAGUCUGCCGGGCUGGAAUUUCUGCACUUUCUUUAUACUAAAGGAAGGCCUUUCGCUUGGUCUUGAGAAUGUUGGCCUUUUCGAGGAUGCUCUUAUAGGCUAUGAUGAGCUUGCUGUCGGACUGGAUUCGGCGCUGCGAGAUCACAUUUCCGGCGCAGGAGACCAACACGGAGGCACCUUCCUAAGCUAUAGUAAAGACCUUAAAUCGAAAGCCGAGGCUUUUCUGGCUGCUAAAUUGUCAGAAAAGGAAGAAGGGUCCAGUUCAUCGGAGGAUGAGGAUGAUGAGGACGACGAGGAAGAAGACGACAAGAAUGGAGACCGUGAUGACCUUUUCUCAAACCCUAUUGCACUGGAUCAAGAUCACUUUCCGCUCCAACCCCAGCAAAAGCCAUACAGAGAUAUGAUCCUCGCAAAUAACAUAUCGGUCUUUGAUUUUCGCGUCUACAUUUUUUCCAGACAGUUACUGCUUCUACUCAAAGCCGCUCGAUCUCCCCCAUCAAAUCGUCAAAGCGGCACAUACAAGAAUGCGGAGAAGCAUAAUUUGGCGCUUCUUGCCGAGAUCUGUGAGAGAGCUAGCGAGUUUAUCACGCUUGCUUGCCGAACUCUGCGGAAAGAUGUUGAAACUGGACUGGCCCAACUAGAAAAAACCCCAUCUCCUUCUAGAAAGGAGGAUAUUGUCACAAAUAUCGUUGCAUCCUGGGCAUAUGCAGCUGUUUCUCAGGUCCUUAUCCAAACAUCGACAAAGAGCCUCCAGGUUCCCAAAGUUUCGCUAAGAACGGGCAAGGACCUUGUUGAUGCGGCCGUUCUCACGAGCUUCGCCACGGGGGCAAGGCCAGGCGUUCCUCAGCGAACCAGUUCAUUAAUGUCUCCUACUUCAAGGCCUAGCUCUGCAUUAACCUUAAACUCCUUGGGAUCCAUCAUGCCUGCACCACAAAAAGCAGGCGGUAUUGAGUUGGCUGCGGCCCAGGCAGAUUUAUACCACCUUGCCAGAUGCCAAUUGGGAGCACUGGGACGAAGGAGAGGAUGGGGAAAUAGAUGGCAUAACAUGUCACUCUUGCUCAAUGAAAAGAACGACCUCACUGAUGUUUCCUUGAAUGACGAGCCCACAGUUGAAAAACGACUUGCAGUAGUAUCAACGUCAGGAGGUGUAGAAACGCCUUGCCUGGCUUUGUCUAUUAAAUCAAAGAAGAAAUUCAACUGUCUAUUUGAGCGGACUACAGAUCAAAUAUUCCGCUACAAUGUUGCGGCGAAUCGAUUCAAGUCUGGGGAAAUAAUGAUGGCUGAUAUUGCAUUGCUGAAGUAUGAAAUGGGUGACUACGCCUUGGCUGCAUCGUACUUCCACCAGCUCUCCAAUUUCUACGGCAGCAAUGGCUGGGAGACGUUAGAGGGCACAAUGGUAGAGCUAUAUAGUCGAUGCCUGAAGCAGUUGGACCGCAAAGACGAGUUCGUUUAUGCCCUCCUAAGACUACUUGGAAUAUAUUCCUCGACCAUCCAACCUUGUUUGACAUUGCAACCUACCAUAGGUUGCAAAGUCGAGGAAUACGUUGAGGAUCUUUUUGAGGUUUCACAAUCACUUUCGAAAACGUUUCCAGUUCUUAUUAAAGAUUUCUUUAGAGACAUCCAAGUUCAACCCGGGAUUUCUCAUUUCAAGGAUAGAGAUGGAUUCCAGGCGCAGCUAUUGUUGAGAUAUGCUCUUGGGGAAAAGAUAAAAAUCGACAAUGUUAAGAUGCGGCUUAUCAAUGCGUUAGAAAUUCCAAACAGUGAACUGUGGCUGGAAAGCUCUAAAACGAUUGUCGUGAAGUCAAAGGGAACGAAAGUCUUGCUUGACUCUUCGACAACAGUAAAUGGGAAAUACUAUGUUGACCGAAUUGAGAUGCGAGCCGGGAACAUUGUCUUUACACAUGAUUAUGAUAAUCAGGUGGCUACAUCACAUAUACUACAGGACACGACAAGCAAAUCACUUAUGUCUGAGUCUGACCGCCCAUACGUGGUUUGUUUCCCUGCUGUCGAAGCGUUUAUCGGGAAAGUCUCCCAGUCAAGAGCUAUCAACCUGGUAGGCCAUCGAAGCCUGGAUAUUGAAUUGAGUUCUGGUUGGAACGAUAUAUUGGCUGGCUGCUUACGACUGAGGCCUGCGACUGCCGGACUACGCCUCAUUAUCUCAGAAAGCUCACUUAUAGACGGACCUCUUACGCUGUCUGAGGAGAUAAAGGAAAGCAAGAUAUGCUUCACUUCCUUUGCCCGGGACUCCACUGCUACGCUGCGGGUGCCAUAUAGCAUGGAAGGAACCCAGACGUCACUCUCAGUUUCGGUGGAAGUUGAAUACGAAACUUCCAAAGGGCAGUUCGACUACAUUGGCUCAUCCUCGGUUGUAGCAAAUUUGCCCGUCAGUGUCAACGUUCAAGACUUAUUCCAGGAUGAGCAGCUAUUUUCUAGGUUUAGCAUAAGUCCCGGAAUGCUGAUACCUAUUCGGGUGUUUAGCUGUGGAAUGGAGAGCUCUGACAAAUAUGAAGUACAGACGAGUGUCCAGGAGGGUGAGAUAAUGGACGUGUUCCCAAAACAGCCAGCUUCAUUGUUGUACAAAAUCACACCCCGGCAGGAUUUCCAACCCAACACAGGAUCGGGCUCCACUCGACCGUUGAGCCUCUCAAUAGAGUUUGCUUGUUUGAACGAAGAAUGCCUGUCGGUUCUAGAAGACCGGUUCACGAAGGAUGUCGAAGCAAGUCCCUUUUCAGGGAUGAAGCAGCUCCUGGUACCAUUCUUGCAGACAGCUUUUAGCGCUAUCUGGACAGCUCAUACGCUAGAAACAAUUGGCCUGACGAGAGAAAUAGAAGUGUAUAGCUAUGAACGCAUGCAGUGGAGAGAGGCCGUUGACAGCAUGGACGGUGGCACACAGACACAGCUGGUGCAGUGGCUUAACCAGUGGCAUAAUAAAAAUAAGACUAUACCCCUACCAGAUGACCGACCAGCGAAUGCCGUUCGGCACAUUACCAUCCCGGUUGACAUCCCGGAUGUACAGGUCGUCCAUAAUGCAAGAAUGGUGCUGAAGGAUAUUUCUCCAGGCCAGACGCAUGUGGGCGUGGAUGACAUGAUACCUGCGGAGUUGAUAAUCAGACACACAAGACGCUGGUGUGAGGCAGCCGAACGGGAGGCCCAGUCGUCACUCGAGUUUACAUACGAGAUCAUAGCUAGCCCAGACGUAUGGGUUGUAGGCGGCCGGAGACGUGGAAACUUCACCUGUGCUGAGGGCGAAGAGAAACGGUUCCCACUGCUGCUUCUACCCCAGCGAGCUGGCCAUCUGCUCCUCCCUUCUGUCGACAUUAAGUCCUUUGCAGCCGGGCCAGACGAGGAGCAGCAGCAGCAGCAGCAGCGCUUGUCGUCGCCUACGGGAGGUGAUCACCUGCAAUCAGACAGUAGCUUUGCACCUCGCCAGCGCAGGGCCAUUUCGAGUGAGCUAGACUACCGCAGCCACGGUGAGACAGUCCUAGUCAGCGCCGACCUUCAGAUGACGACCAUCAACCUGGAUGGCUUUGGCGAUGCCGUCGAAGGAAGCUGGCAUGACCCUGAGCGCAAAAUCGACGCUACCGUCGCCUGA